AUGACAGUCACCUUAUUUUCCGAUUCAGACCAUAAGGGUGGCAUUCACGAAUCGGUAUCCACCGUCCGAGAUGUCACAAAGUCAUCAUUCUCCUCUGAGGGAGAGAUCGCACCUCUGGGAGAAGUUGAACAAGAACGCCGGUUUUGGUUCCAGCGGAGAAAACACUUUAACCCCGACGCAAUAGCAACCCAGCCCUCGGUCUACGAUGAUCCAAACGUGGCAAAGGCAUAUCAGCCUAGAGCAGACUGGGAAAACCUCCAUCGAUUCGAUCCGUCCGCCCGAUGGACAUGGAGUGAGGAGUAUCGGUUGGUUCAAAAGAUUGAUGUUCGGAUUAUGGUCUUUGCAUGCAUCAUGUUCAUGGCUUUGGAGCUGGAUCGGUCCAAUCUUCAACAGGCACUGACCGACAACUUUCUCGAGGAUUUGCACAUGACAACCGACGAUUACAAUCUUGGAAUGACGGUGUUUCGACUCUCGUUCCUUUGUGCCGAACUGCCCUCUCAACUUGUCAGUAAAUGGGUAGGCCCAGACAGGUGGAUCCCUACGCAAAUGGUGAUCUGGUCGGCGGUCGCCAUGGCGCAGUACGGACUGAGUGGACGAACGGCUUUCCUUGUGUGUAGAGCACUGCUUGGGAUCCUACAAGGAGGGUUUAUUCCUGACGUAAUUUUAUACCUUUCGUACUUCUACAAGCAUUUUGAACUGUCUUUGCGACUUGGGUUCUUCUGGACAGCCAUGAAUUUUGCGGAUAUCCUUGCUAGCUUCUUAGCAUUUGGUAUAUUGCAUCUUCGUGGCGUCCAAGGCCAAGCUGGAUGGCGUUGGCUUUUCUUGCUGGAGGGAAUUAUCACGUUGCUUGUCGGACUGUCGGCAUAUGUUCUAAUGCCCCCAGGGCCGUGUCAAACGGCCAACUGGUCACGGGGCAAGUCGGGCUGGUUUACCCCACGGGAAGAAACCAUUAUCGUGAACCGGGUGAUCCGUGAUGAUCCCAGCAAAGGCAGCAUGCAUAACCGAGAACCCAUCACCCCGAAGCUGCUUUGGAAGAGCCUGCUUGACUAUGAUCUAUGGCCGCUGUAUAUCAUUGGGCUCACAUUUGAAACUCCAAUGACAACUCCGAAGCAGUAUCUCACGCUAAUACUGAAGGGCCUAGGAUUUGGGACUUUUGCUACCAACCUCUUGACCAUCCCUAGUCAAGUACUUUCCAUGAUAACGAUGCUCACCAUAACCUACAUAUCCGAGGUUACCGGACAACUAACCCUGGUGUCCGUGAUGGGUCAAAUCUGGGCACUACCAUUUGUGGUAUAUUUGUAUGUGGUCGACAUUAACACUGCGAACAAAUGGUCUGCGUGGGCGGUGAUGACUCUUCUCUUGGGAUACCCAAAUUCACAUGCAAUCCAGGUCGGAUGGAACUCUCGGAAUUCUAACACCGUUCGGUCUCGUACAGUCUCGGCUGCAAUGUAUAAUAUGUGCGUCCAGGCCUCGUCAAUUAUCGCCGCAAAUAUCUAUCAGGCCGAUGAUGCUCCUCGCUAUCGAAGAGGCAACCGGGUUUUGGUGGCACUCGUGGUAACAAACAUUUUUAUUUACAUUUUUACUAAGAUCUACUAUGUCUUCCGCAAUGCGAAACGGAAGCAGAAGUGGGGUUCCAUGUCUGAGGAAGAGAAGGCGCAUUACGUGGAAACCACCAAGGAUGAGGGAAACAAACGGCUAGACUUUCGCGGGGUUGCGACCAAAUGUGGCCAGGACACUGUGGUCGAGGACGGAUAUCGGCAUCAAAUCUCAGUUAGUACAUACCUCUUCAUAAUUAUGGCUCCCUCUGUCACUGAGGCCACGGUGCCUGCAGUCCAUACUGCAGAAGGCAAGCUCCCUUUGAAAGGCGCUGAGCGAGUGCCUUUAAAACUGAAUGGUGCUCUGGAUGCCUUUGAGUCAUUCGAUGUCACUCCAAUUAUUGGACGCGAGUUUCCCAACGCUAGCCUGAAGGACUUCCUGCGUGCUCCGAACUCCGAUGAACUGCUUCGAGAUCUUGCAAUUACUGUGUCCCAGCGAGGGGUGGUCUUCUUUCGAAAGCAGGAUGGCUUGGACGACGAUUUGCAGAAAGAACUGGCUCAGCGACUUGGAGAGCUGUCGGGUAAACCGCGAACUUCCGGGCUACAUAUUCAUCCAGUUGCAAAUUCAGGCCGGGAACACAGUGUCAAGGAUGAUGAAAUCAGCGUGAUCAGCUCCCAGCUGCGGCAGAAGCUGUACUCAUACCGUAAUACUCGCAAACAGACUGCUAGAAAGGAGUGGCAUAGCGAUAUCACUUUUGAGCCCAUUCCGAGCGACUACACAAUCUUGCGUUUGACAGAGCUCCCUAAGACUGGUGGUGAUACUUUGUGGGCUUCUGGCUACGAGGUAUAUGACCGCCUCUCGCCGCCGUAUCAGAAAUUUCUAGAAGGGUUGACUGCAACGUAUGCGCAGCCUCGUUUCAACCAGGUGGCCAAAGAGAGCGGCUUCGAGAUUUAUAGCGGCCCUCGUGGUGCCCCGGAGAAUGCCGGGGAAGAGCUGCGCGCGGAACACCCAGUGAUCCGCACCAACCCUGUUACAGGAUGGAAAAGUGUCUUCGCCGUGGGCAGCCAUGUUGAGAAAGUCAAUGAAGUGACUGAGGAAGAGAGCAGACAUCUCCUCGAUUGGUUUGUAAACUUGAUCGUUGAGAAUCAUGAUCUGCAAGUGCGCUAUCGUUGGCAAAAUCCCAAUGAUCUCGCGAUCUGGGAUAAUAGGUCGGUAUAUCACGCAGCGACCUGGGACUAUGAAGAGAUUGGUCCGCGAACUGGCCACCGCGCUGUCGGUCUUGGAGAAAGGCCAUAUUUGGACCCAAAGAGCACUGGAAGACGAGAAGCACUGGAGAAAGGUGAAUGA